AUGGAGAUCAAAGCUGUUGUCCGGUUGCUCGCUCUCUCUGCUUCUUUCUUCGCACCGGGUGUCUUCGCUGCCUUCGGUUACACGACCUCAGGGAACAACUACAUCAUUGACGCCGGCUCCGCGAACCCGCUCAUCUUCUCUGUGAGCAAGUCCAGCUGCGACAUCAACUCCAUCAAGUACCGGGGAACGGAGCUUCAGUAUGGCAGCACCGGCAGUCACAUCAGCUCGGGUCUCGGCUCAGCGACCGUUUCCAUCAGCCAGAUCAGCGGGACAUCCAAGUAUAUCAAGGUCACAUGCGUAACGUCGACCUUGACACACUACAUGGUUGUCCGCGAAGGCGAAAGCAUCAUCUACAUGGCGACCUACAUCACCGCCGAGCCGUCGAUAGGCGAGCUGCGCUUCAUCGCCCGUCUGCUUCCGGACAAGCUGCCGGAGGAGUACCCUUACGGCCGCGUUUCGACCACAACUGGCUCCACUUCCACCGUUGAAGGUUCUGACGUCUUCGUUGUCGACGGAGAGACGCGGUCCAAGUUCUACUCGUCUACUCGCUUCAUCGACGAGGAUUCCCACUGUGUUUACGGCGGCAGCGACCUGAUUCACGUCUGCAUCAUGACGCCGCAGCAGGAGUCUUCCUCUGGCGGUCCCUUCUUCCGCGACAUUGAUUCCAACAACGCCGGCGCCUCCACCAACCUCUACAACUACAUGAACAGCGGCCACGUGCAGACCGAAGCGUUCCGCAUGGGCUUGCACGGCCCGUACCUGAUGCAAUUCUCGCGCUCCGGAAUCCCCAGCGUGAAGGACGUCGACGUGUCCUGGUUCGGCGAGCUCGGAAUCACUGGCUACGUCCCCGCCUCUGGCCGCGGCACGGUCAAGGGCACGGCGACAGGCGUGCAGAGCGGCAUGCAGGGCGUAGUCCACUGGUACAACAGCGCCGCGCAGUACUGGGCCAAGACGUCGUCUAACGGCGCCUUCACCUCGCCCCUGAUGAAGCCCGGCACCUACACCAUGGUGCUGUACCAGACCGAGUUCAAGAUCGCCACCAGCUCCGUGACCGUCACGGCUGGGCAGACAGCAACCAAAAACAUCGCGGGCACCUUCAACACGACGCGCAAGACGCUGUUCCAGAUCGGCGACUACGACGGCCAGCCGACGGGGUUCCGCAACGCCGACAAGUUCCUCCGCAUGCACCCGUCCGACAAGCGCAUGGCGUCCUGGGGCCCCCUGACGUACACAGUGGGCAGCUCGGCGCUGUCCGACUUCCCCAUGGCCGUGUUCCAGGCCGUUAACAACCCGGUCACCAUCAAGUUCAGCUUGGCCAGCGCCCCCUCUGGCACGGCCACGCUGCGCAUCGCCACAACGCUGAGCUUUGCCGGCAGCCGCCCGCAGGUCAAGGUCAACAGCUGGACGGGGCCCGCGCCGGCGGCGCCCACAAAGAUUGAUAGCCGCGGGGUUACCCGUGGCGCCUAUCGUGGCUACGGCGAGAUUUACACCGUCAGCAUCCCCGCCGGCACCCUCGUUGCGGGCAGCAAUACCAUCACUAUCAGCUCUCUCUCUGGCAGCAGUGGUGAUACUUUCUUGAGUCCCAACUUUAUCUUCGAUGCUGUAGAACUCUACACGGUUUGA